CAACUUUCCAAAGAAAAGACCACUAUCAAAUAUAGAAAUACAGCAAUUACGGAAAAGUAAAGAAGAAUUAAAAUAUAAAUUAGAAAACAACAGACAAAACAGACAAAUAACAACCGAAGUAAUAAAAAGAGGAAAAGCAAGAAUCUGGAUAGACGAAGAAAAAAGAACUCUUACCAAAGAAGUAACCUAUCCUGAGGAAAUACAACAAAACAUAGUAAUAACUUUAACUGAAGAAGAAACAGCUUGCCUGAUAUUAUACUCAUAUAUAUUAGAAGAUUAUUGA